GACACGUUUUUCUUUUUAAAUUGUAUAUUUCAUAUUUCAGGCUUCAGUUUUACUGAAUGGAUUCGUGAUAUUGUAUUUCAACAAACAUAUCAAAAUUCCAAUUUCUGCAAUUGAUACUUUCACCAGCAUAAGAUCAACACCAGUUGGAAACGCGUCACUGUUUAACAUUAUGUCAGGCUUCCGGAAUCAAGGUAGUGUAAUACCAAGAAUUAAUGGAGAAUUACGACUGGAUUAUUCAGAUAUAUUGAGGACAAUACGUUUAACCAAUAUAAGUGUUGAACGGGAAAGCGACUGUCACCAUCAUAAGUUUCUAGUGUAUGUGUGUGACUACUCGAGAUCUUGUGGAGGUUUAGGAGAUAGACAAAAGGGGAUUGUUUCGGCCUUUUUAUUAGCAGUUGCUACUUCGCGAGCAUUUGUAAUAAACUUUGAAACACCUUGUAGAAUCGAAAAGGUGUUUAAACAGCAUUUGUAUAACUGGUCUAUUUGCCGAAACUUUGUUAAUACAAUCAGUGAAAAUGAGACAAAAUUGAUCGAUGUUAUGAAUCAACCCACAUAUAAAAGACCCACUAAACAAGUUGAUUUUGAAUUGGAAUGGCAAAGCCAGGUAAUUUUUCUAAAAAUUAAUUCAAAUUGGAUCAAAUACUUGCAAGGAAGGAAAGAAAUCAAAGAUCACCAUUCAUGGCUCUCAGAAAAACCCACAGUAAGCAUAUUUUCGUUAAUAUUGCUUACACUUUUCCAGCCAACAAAGUAUAUUUUAGACUAUUUCGAACAUUUUCAUAGGUAUCACGUACAAGGGAAAUCUCUUGUUUGCAGCCAUAUACGAAUGGGUAAAAAUCCAACAAUACCAAAUGAUAAACAAUUUGAAAUAAAACCAAAUGAAACAGUAAUAUUUAAUUUUAUGCAAAACUUUGCUGAUCCAAAUAAAUAUGUUCUCUAUUUAGCGUCGGAUUCAGAUUAUAUUCGAAAUGAAUUUUACAGAAAAUUUGAUAACAGUAUUAAAACAAAUUUGUCUGUUCAACAUAUUGAUAUAUUAGACAAAAAUCUGAAAAGACAAGCAUGUGAAGGAUUGAAAGAUGCUGUCAUUGAACAACUAACUCUCUCAAUAUGUGAUAUUUUGCUCAUUUCUCAUGGAGGAUUCGGUGGAAAUGCAGCGUAUCUGAGAGGCAUUGAUACUAAUCUUUAUAAAUAUGACUUUAAAUCUGGACGAAUAAAAAGAAAAAAGUUGAGACAUAUAUAACCAGUGGAAAAUGUUAAAUAUAAUUCACAAUCAGGUAAACAAGUUCACCAACAUUGAACCAAAGCCUACAAAAUGAAAUGGAAUUAACUGAUAACCCAAUUUUGUGUAUUUCAAACAUCAAGAUUUCAAUAAUAGUCCAAGAAAUCAGAAAUAAAAUUUGUACCUUCUGUGAAAAAACAUGAAAAACAUGAAACUUGCCAUGGUGACAGGAAAUAGUAUUUAUUUCAGCCUGGGAUCAAUAUCUUUAAUUUCAAAGUAAUCCGCCAAAUUCCAAGUUGGCCGCCAAAAUGUACUAUGUACAUGGGACAUGCAAAAAAAGAGUGAUUAGCUUAGAACAGUCAGUUACUUUUUGUUGUCCUUCCGAUAGUUCUUGUUAAUGUGCGUGAUUCUUGCACCAUGAAAAACUGAUUUUAUCAAAUAUAACACAUAUUGAAUCGCAUAAUGCAAAUACAUGUGAUUUAUUUUGUUCUUUAACAUGCCAUUACACGUUUUAUUCUUAAACGUACAUGUGGUUUUUUAAUAAAAAAUCAGUUCAUCAUUAUUAUGUUAUAGAAGUACAUACAAAAUUUCAUUCUUUUUUGAAUAUAUAUGUAUCGUUCAAUAUUAUACUUUUUAUAUGUGUUGCCAUUGCUACACUAUAAACUGUACACGUUACGUGUAAUAAAAUGUAUUCUGUUCUGUUCUAUUUUGAAAACUGCGAAUUUCGGGGAUGCGUUCAAGUAGCCACUUUUAUAUCUUGUUAUUUUCAUCCUGUAUAGUUCAUAACAGUUUAAAUGCAAGAUAAAAUCUUUCAUUAGCGUAUGAAUAUAUUUCCCGUUAUAACAAACGGUCGCGUGUUAAUCUCAGUAUUUUGGAUUUCAAAACAAAACAAAAAAGCAAAUAAAAAAAGUGUAAAUAGAAGAAAAUAAUAAAUAAAUAUUUAUUAUAUAAAAAAUCAAAAAAAAAAAAAAAACAACUAUUCUUACCUAAGCUUAUUUUUUGAGAAUUCUUGAUGUUUGUAGAAAAUCAAUGUGGCAUCCCAUUUGUUCAGUUUUGUUUUUCUUUCGUUUUGAUAGUUUCCGUAAACAACUUUUGGAAUAAUAAUAAAAAUAA